AUGGAAAGUGGAGGAGGAUUUAACUCUCAGCAUGUAGCAUCCAGAUCUGAGGAUGGUGCAAGUGCAGCAGCCGGUGGCGGUGGCGGUGGCGAGAGGAUAGAGGAGGUGGCGCCGUUGCAACAAGUUCCGAUGAGGAGGUCGGAGCAGUUCGUGCCGUCGGCGAACGUGAAGAGGAUAAUGCGGCGGGCUCUGCCGCUGCACGCGAAGAUUUCCGACGACGCGAAGGACAUGGUGCAGGAGUGCGUGACGGAGUUCAUCGCCUACGUGACAACGGAGGCGAACGCUAAGUGCCGCGGGGAGAGCCGGAUUACGAUCACGCCGGAGGACGUGGUGGGCGCCAUGGAUGCCUUGGGCUUCUACAACUACUCCGACACGCUCGCUCUCUACUUGGCACACCAUCGCGCCCAAGAUCCCAACCGUCGCCCCGUGCCGCUCCCUCGUGGCCGUGGCCGUGGCAGUGGCAGUGGUGGAGGCGGUGGCGGAGGAGGUGAAGGCUCUUCCUCAGGGGCUGAGUUUGGGAACUACAACAUCUUUCAGUAG